UCCCCGUCGCGCAACUGAUGACUUCACCGCCGAGGAGAUAGAUGGUGAACAGACUCCCGCGGAGCAUGAAGGGAGGACACGAAUGUAGUAUCGACCAGCCAAAUAGGAUCGAUGGACUUGCACUCGCGCAUGCAAGUUCAAUGAGCUCUAGUCUGCCGUCUCUGGUGCAGCGAAGGGAUGAAAGAAAUGUGUCGGCUGUGUGGAUGUUUCAAGCGUAGAUUCCCUAGCACGCACGACUCAAGAAAAAGGAGAUGUGUCGCGCGAAAGCUGGGAAUGAUCCUGCGAAAGACAUGAUCUCUGGAAACUGGUCAUUAUUACCGCGAGGAAUCCAUGCAGUCAUGUCUUCUUGGCUUGAAGACUUUGUGCAUCUAGACUUACUCAUUGCCUCCAAUGCUCAAGCUCAGCUUCCUCCUUACCCUCCCCGCCAGUUCGGCCUCGAUGCGCGCAGAUGAGCCCUGCGAUCACGGAUACAGUCAAGAUGCAGGAGAUUCCGGCCGAAGAGAAUGCAUACUGCUUUUGGGUCAUUUCAAGGCCACCGAUGCAGCACUUCUUUUGCUGGCCCGCACAUUCACUGCACCGAAUAUAAGCUUUCCAAUUUUUUGCAAAGCCUAUCCCGUGCCGAAGGGAGCAUGGAGGGCAGACUCGAGACCUUCAGACCAGUAUAUCAGCUGCGCUCGAGGAGAAAUGGCCGGUGGUUCUACGAUGAAAUCGCAUUGGUUAGCAAAAGGCCUUAAUCUUACUCUUAGAAUGAAGAACUGUUGUGUCUAUUUA